AUUGAAAUCGAUAUUUUCAGAAAUUAGAAAAAUAAUGAAACAAUGGAGUUCAAGCUGAUAUUAUUAUUGACUGUUUUGAAUCAGGUUGUAAGUUUAUCUGUAGAUGAAUUAUAUCCAUUUGGAAAACCAACUGGAGAUUCUUUCCUUGAAAACCAAGAUGAAGACGGAAACAGUGUCGAAGCCAUCCUUACAACUCCGUUCAUUUUCUACCAAAGAGAGUUUAAUUCAGUUUAUAUAAAUGAAAAUGGUUUGGUUUCAUUUCUAACCGAGGUUCCAAGCUACUACAAUGUUGAGAUGCCUAUGGACUAUCCUAUCAUAGCACCCUUUUACUCAGAUAUAGAUAUCAGGAGAACAGGACAGAUAUCCUGGCGAGUCUCUAGUUCAGCGGAGGAUUUGAGAAUUACUAAUGCAUUGAUUAAUUCUAAAUUUAGUUCGGUGAGGUUCUCAGCUGCUGAAGUUCUUGUUGUAACCUGGGAGAAAGUUGGACGGUUUGACCGGAAGGAUGAUAAGAAGAAUACAUUCCAGCUAGUGUUAGCUACUGAUGGACAGACAUCUUUCUCCUUGUUCCUUUAUCCAUCUCAGGGUAUUCAGUGGAACAGGGGAACUGGCAAGAACAGGAAUAGUCCUGAUGCUAGAGCUCAGGUUGGGUUCAUGUUUCUCCUCCAGGACGGAAAAUAUCAUCUUCUUCCUUUCUCAGGGAGGGAUCAGAUCACAAGUAUACCAACCUGGACUAACUGUGGGACUCCUGGACUAUGGAUAUUCAGGGUCGGACGUAUAGAUUAUCUAGAGAAUAUAGAACAGCCGCCACAGUUUUCAGAACCGGAUACCCUGAGUCUAAGAGACUGUACAGUUGGAAACAGUUUCUGCCAUUCUGAAGGAACCUGCUCUAAUACAGAGGCAGGGUUCUGCUGUGCCUGCAAUACUGGAUGGUACGGAAAUGGACAGAACUGUCUGGAGGAUGGGCAGCCUCAGAGAGUUAACGGAAGAGUGAACGGGGUCGUAAAUGGAAUUACAAUAACUCAACAGGAUUUACACUGCUAUGUGGUGACUAGUGAUGGAAGAACUUAUACAGCUAUUAGUCGGGUCAUUCCAGAGCUAGGAUGGGAUCUCCAGGGCUUUGUUCCUCUUGGUACAGUUAUAUCUUGGUUGUUUGCAACACCCGAACCCGGAGCUAAGAACGGUUUCAGCCUUACAGGAGGAAUACUUAAUUAUACUGCUGAAGUAAACUACCCUGAUACUGGACAUAAAGCUUCCAUUCACAUUCAUUUCAAGGGGAUGAAUGUGUUUGAUUAUCUAACUGCUGACGUUACCAUCUCUGGGACUCUACCUAAGAUACCUGAAGGCGCGAAGAUUAGUGUAGAAGACCAAAGAACUGAGUUUUCUAAGAUGGAGAAAGGGUUUGUCAGAGCAAGAUCAGAGCAUAGUUACAAGAUUGAGGGAACAAGUUCUGUUGUUCCCUACACUGUAGAUCAAACUGCCAGUUGGGAUGAGUGUUCUGGAAGUAUGGAUGAGAAGAGAAUGACAAUGAAACUAAUGUCUGCUCGAAAUUUUAUUAUCUAUGAUGAAAAAGAAGAAAUAGUAAGGUAUGCUCUGACCAGCCAUAUAGCUGAGCUGACCCCGGCCCAGGAUCCUUGUCUAGAGGUGGAUUGUGGACCCAACAGUAGGUGUCUAGUCGUGGGAAACUCAUUCAGCUGUGAGUGUAAUACUGGAUUCUGGAAGGUGGAUGAGAGAGUAUGUGAGGAUGUGGAUGAGUGUAUGGAUGAGGAUAAAAACAAUUGUGACACGAAUGCUCACUGUAUCAACAAUCAAGGGAGUUUUGCUUGUGAGUGCAAGGAUGGUUUUAUCGGGGAUGGAAAACUCUGUUAUGAGGAGAAGAGUUGUGAAGAUCUAAACUGUGAUGAGAAUAGUUUGUGUAUUCUGAACUCAUAUUCCCAGGGGGAGUGUAAAUGUAAACCAGGAUAUCAAGGAGAUGGGGUCAACUGUACCCUAAUUCCAUCCAUAGUUUCUCUGGUGGGAACAGCUGAACCUCAAACUCUUGGAAUAAAUUCUAAACCUGAGACAGCUCCAGGUGGCACCUUGAGCAAGAUCGGACCUGGAGUUCUGCAUUCAUACACACUGCAUAACAAAGGACCAUUUGACGUCGGAAACAUUGCUGUGAAUAUCUCCUGGCCGCUUCAAGAUGAAUCUGGAAACUGGAUUUUAUAUCUUUUUGAGAUUCCAUAUAUAGAAUACAAAACAGAGAAUGGAAUAGUUAAAGAGAAUUGUGAGAUAGAUAAUACUUUAAUAAAUCAUCUUAAUCUCAAGGAUAGAAGAAGAAGAAGAAAUGCAGCUCCUAAUGAUUACGAAGAAGACGACUAUGAAGAAGAAGAAGAAGAUGAAGAAGAGGCUGGAGAAGAUGCUGGAGAAGAAAACAUCUUUUAUUCAGAGUACAAACUUGGAACUGGUUUAGGAUCAGUGUUCACUGACCAGAAUGAAUUUGGUGAGUUUGAAGAUUAUGACUAUUCUCAUCUAACAAAUAAACUGCUAAACCAAGAAUAUUCUGAUAACAAUGACUCGACGAAAGAAAACAAACAAACAACGGAACCUACAAUCAGUGUUGAUCAUGAAUCUGGUCGAAUAGUUGAGUCUCCAGUAUCUGCUCCAUCCUAUACUGGGAGCAAGUUUGGAAAAGUUAAUUUUAUCUGUAGAAUCAGUCUUGCUGUUCAAGAAACCGGUAAAAUAUUCGUCAACUCAUUUCUCCAUUUAAAAUCAAUAAAUGAAAACUACGGCGGAGUUUCUAAAUUCUCCCUUCAUUCCUCCGCCGCUAUAAUAGAAACAGAACGUGUAAAGGCGGAUAAAGGGCGAAAAAGAAUGGCGGUUACAAAUCUUGAAGUUUUAGAUCCUGUCUAUACUCAAGGUCCUGGGCAAGGUAUAUUGUGUGGUUCAACUGAAUGCAACAAGUAUGCUAGCUGUAGUAUGGUGUUUGCUGAACAAUAUCAAGCUUUAUGCCAGUGUCCAGCUGGAUUCUCAGGAGAUGGGGUUAAUACCUGUGAACCUACACAGUUGAAACCUUCAUGUCAAACAGAUGAAGAUUGUGGCGGUAAUGCAGACUGUGUUUAUGAGACUCAGGGAUUGAUGUAUACCUGUCUGUGUAAACCUGGAUACUCAGGGGACGGAUAUAUCUGUGCUUCAGAUAUACCAGCCUUCGAUACAGAUGAGCCAACUCGAAGACGACCUGAUGUGCCGGUAUCCCUAGAACCUGUUGUACACCAUGCAACCCUUGAACCAGAGUGUAUAUAUGGAGUAUGUACAUGUACAGCAGGGUACAUAUUUAACGGAGAGCACUGUAUCGAGGAGAAGUUAAGACAAAAAACUACUUGUACUGCAGAUAUAGACUGUAUGGAGAACCAGCAGUGUCGGUUUAACAGGUUAGAGGGAAGACGAGUGUGUGCUUGUAAACCAGGAUAUAGAGAAGAUAGAGAACUAUGUUUAAUAAAUCCGGAUGCAGGUUGUGAUAUCCUGAACAACUGCCAUACUCAAGCUAAAUGUGAAAGAUCAAGAGAGUCUAGAAAGUUUAUCUGCAGGUGUGAAUCUGGAUAUACUGGUAACGGAACGUACUGCGAGAAAGAGCAGAUGAUCGGUUGUAAUUUACUAAACAAUUGUGGAAAGUACGCUAGCUGUAUAUUUAAUGAAGAAGACAGGGGGUUCAGGUGUACGUGUGACGAAGCACGCGGAUUUCUUGGUGACGGAUUCUCAUGUUCUCCCGCAGCACCCUGUACACACAACCCAGCAGUCUGCGAUCCUAAUUCAGAUUGUUUCCCGUCCAGGGACUCUACUCAUGGAUGCAGGUGUAAGCAGAAUUUCUUCGGAGACGGAUUAAGCUGUGAGCCAGUUCCAAGGUUUGAGGGAAACCAACUUAUCCUAGCUCAGGGUAUAUCCAUCAUCAAGGUUCCUUUUAGUGGUCGUGGAUCCAAACCUAUUAACAUUCAAUCCAAACAGUUGGCUGCAGGGGUAGAUAUAGACUGUAGCCGGGGAAAACUGUACUGGAGUGAUACCACCAAUAAACUAAUCAGUAUGUCCAGUAUAGACGGUUCUGGAGUAGAAGUUUUUCUAGCAGACGGAUUUAGUUUCCCUGAAGGGUUAGCAGUAGACUGGGUCUCCAGGAACCUGUAUAUAACAGACCCUGGAGCAGAAACUAUACAUGUCAUCAGUCUAGAUAAUAAAAUCAGGUAUAAAAUAGUAGAGGAUCGUAUGGAUUCCCCCAGAGGGAUUGCGGUACACCCAAGCUUGGGGAAAAUCUACUGGACGGAUUGGGAUCGGUAUGGAUCAAGGAUAGAGAUGGCAAACAUGGACGGAUCCGGGAGACAGGUUCUAGUUGAUACUGGAGUAGGUGAACCUAACUCUAUAGCAGUAGAUUACUUCAACUACGAAGUAUGUUGGACAGAUGCUGGUAGAUCAGACCGAAAUAUUAAACCCAAAAUAGAUUGUAUUGGAGCAAACGGCAACGGAAGAAGAACAGUAGCUGAACUGGUACCUGGAGAUUAUCCUUAUGGGAUUUCUAUUACGCAGGAUAGAAUUCUUUGGACAGAUUGGAGGAAAAAGUUUGUGCAUAGUGUGGAUAAAAGUACAGGUGUACGACAGAGGUCUAUACCGUACAUUCUAGCAGUGAUGGGUAAACCCUACGAUAUUGUAGAUGUACAAGAGGAGUGUCCCAAUUUAUCCAAUACAUGUCAGGGCCAGCCCUGUGGAUUGAACAGAAUGUGUUUACCUAAUGGUGAGGGAAGUCACACCUGUCGUUAAUAAUUCGUUUUAAUACAGUGGUCGACGUUUAUUUCAAUACAAUGAAGACGACUUUUCCAUUUAAUUUUUAAUUUUUAGCAAGCUUUUUUUAAAUAACAAAUUUACAAGUAAACAAAGAGAAGCUGGUCAUUACAAGCUUAUCUUUGUUCCCCCGUGUUUAUGUGUAUCGAUACUACUUGAAAGAUUAGUAGAUUUAAAGAAUUUAAAUCGAAAGUCGUCGUCAUUGCAUUGAUAUAUACGACGAUGACUGCAGCUAAAACUUGCCAACUGUAUAGUUCUCGAAAAAAAUAGAUAUUCUAUUCUUUA